AUGUCAUCCGUCAUGCAUUACUAUCCAGUGCAUCAUCCAACAACAGCUCCGCCAGUGGUUAAAUACAGCGAUUUGCUCUAUGGACACCAUCAUUCGGCGAAUCUGCAGCCUACCUCUCUGCAAAAUUACACGCAGCACAGUGUCAGCAGCAUACCAGAGCAUCCUUCGUUGCAGCAACAUCACCAUCAGCAGCAGCAGCUCUCCUCCGAUGAGAAUCUGUCCUCGCAGCCCAACCAGGAUACGCAGCGAGUGAAGCUGAAGCGUUCCAGGACUGCCUUUACCAGCGUCCAGCUGGUGGAACUGGAGAACGAAUUCAAGAGCAACAUGUAUCUCUACCGGACACGUCGCAUCGAGAUUGCCCAGCGACUGUCCCUCUGCGAGCGACAGGUGAAGAUCUGGUUCCAGAAUCGACGCAUGAAGUUCAAGAAGGACAUCCAGGGACAUCGUGAGGCCAAGGCGAGUGCUAAGCUGGCUCAGCCCCAGGCGGAGCAGAGUGCCCAUCGGGGUAUAGUGCAGCGCUUGAUGUCCUACUCGCAGGAUCCCAGGGAGGCGGCCGCCAGUGCAGCGGAGAAGCGUCCUGCUGUGGCAGCAGCCGUUCCUCCUGUGGUUGCUGCUGCACCUCCAGUAGUGGCUGCUUCCGCAGCCUCCUUCUACGGCCAAGCAAAGACCAAGCCACAAGCCAUCCCCAAUAUCUCAAACAACAACAACAACAACAGCAUGUGCUCCUCCGAUCUCAGCGAGAUCCUGGAACAUCUCGCACAGAGCACAGCGCUGCCAACUGCUGCAACAGUAGCCCCCUCUGCCCCUGGGGCAGCCAUUGGCGGCACUACUUCUGGAUCAUCUGAAGUGGCGGCCUCUGGCCACUAUUCCUACAAUGUGGACCUCGUCUUGCAGAGCAUCAAACAGGAUCUGGAGGCAGCUGCCCAGGCCUGGUCCAAGUCCAAGGCGGGGCCUGUCCUAGCCAAUGCCCAAGCCUGGCAUCCCAGUGGCGGCGGCUCCUCCAGCACUGUACCGGUGGUGCAUGCGGCACCCUCGAUGAAUCUGGCGUGGGGCGAGCCAGCGGCCAAGUCCCGAAAGCUGUCGAUCUCCCACAUCAAUCCCUGUGUGGCCGGCGCCGGCUACAACUAUCAGAACUAG